AUGGCAGGUUUUACAAAUCAUGAUGUUAAUGGUGAAUGGAUUCAACCGAGUGGUUGUUUUAAAUUAACAAAUAAAUGUGAUAAAUAUGCUGGUACAUGGUAUGUCUAUUUAUGUUCUAGUUGUGAUGUACAAUGUCCAUUGAAUCAGUAUGGAAAACCAAAAUUUUUUAAAUGUUCGUGUCCAGUUUAUCCAGUAGAUCCUGAAGCAAAAUCCUAUGGACCCUACUGUUAA